UAGUCCAAAUAUCCAAGCCAUUCAGGAAUUACAACUUGAAAAUAUGGCGGAACCUGUGCCUAGUAUUCCAAAUUCUAGCAAUCCGGCACGUCAAAAUGUUAAUAAUGGGCUUCAAUCAAUAGAAAUAGAACAACGAAAUACACAAAAUGAACAAAAGAAGAGUCAUCAACAUUCAUUGUCUAAUUAUGCUACUACAAUGAAAAUUAAAGUGAACUUUGCAGAUGAUGUCUUUGUGAUAGUUGUCCCUCAAGAUAUUGAAUACAGAGAGCUAUGUGAUCGUGUAGAACGUAAAAUACGGUUAUGUUCUACACGACGGGACGAAAGUGUUCCCAUUCGAAUCAGAUACCAAGAUGAGGAUGGAGAUCAUAUCACAAUUAAUUCUGAUGAAGAUGUUUCAAUGGCAUUCGAAG